CCCAUCAUGAAAUGAUAGUACAACAGCAACGGAGGAAUUAAAUACCAGAAAAUAAAUUUUUAAAAAAACAAAAAAGGGUUUGAGGAGAGAGAGAAAGAUUGAGAGAGAAGAGGAGAAUCGAGACAGAUUGAUGGGAUUUGUUUGCUGCUGCUGAUGAGUUUGAAUACAGAAUCUUCAAUUUUACUGAUUAAAAAGAGGGAAAACAAUUCCUUUUUUUUCAGAUUCCAAAUUCCUUUUUUUUAGUGGAAAAAAACCCAGAUUCCAUUUUGUCAAUUUAUAAUUCCAUCUUUUGAAUCAAACCAUAUCCCAAAAUCCGAUUGUCAAUUGACCUAUUAGAGGGAGUUGAUCAUGAACUAGGAAAAAAUUUGGUGGGUCGAUGAAUUUUGUGCAUUUUGGGGUUUACCUUGAGCUGUAAGGUUUAUUGAGGUGAUUGAAUGGGUGAUUUUAGGGAAUCAGACGGUGUCGUAUUGGAAGAAUCACCAUCAGUACCAUCAUCUUCUUGCUCUUUAUCGUCUUUUAGUCCGGAAGUGUGUGCCCGGGCUGAGCAGGCAACUCAUGAAAUCAUCAAGCAGGUUCAACCCACUGUUGUGUCUGAGGAGAGGAGAAAAGAUGUUAUUGAUUAUGUUCAGAGACUUCUUAAAGGGUAUAUUGGCUGUGAGAUUUUUCCUUUUGGAUCGGUACCAUUGAAGACUUAUCUUCCUGAUGGAGACAUUGAUCUUACUGCAUUUUGUGGUUUUAAACUCGAAGAAUCGUUUGCAAAUGCUGUAUACUCUGUUCUAGAGGGUGAAGAUCAUAACCCUGCUGCUGAAUUUGUUGUAAAAGAUGUGCAGUAUAUUCGUGCAGAGGUUAAGCUUGUAAAGUGCCUGGUACAGAAUAUUGUUGUAGACAUAUCAUUUAAUCAGAUAGGAGGAUUGUGCGCACUUUGUUUUCUUGAAGAGGUUGAUCGUUUAAUUGGCAAAGAUCAUCUUUUUAAGCGAAGCAUUAUUUUAAUUAAGGCCUGGUGUUAUUAUGAGAGUCGUAUAUUGGGUGCACAUCAUGGUUUGAUAUCUACAUAUGCGUUAGAGACGCUGGUGUUGUAUAUUUUCCAUCUCUUCCAUUUAAAUUUAACUGGUCCUUUGGCAGUGCUACAUAAAUUCCUGGACUACUUCAGCAAAUUUGAUUGGGAUAAUUUUUGUGUGAGCCUAAAUGGUCCGGUUCAUGUGUCCUCAUUGCCAGAAAUUGUGGCCGAGAGACCUGAAUGCAACGAGGGUGAUUUAUUGCUGACUGAUGAAUUUAUGAGGGAAUGCGUGAACAAAUUCUCUGUUCCUUCUCGAGGAAAUGAGACCAAUUACCGAACAUUUAUGCAGAAGCAUUUUAAUAUAAUUGAUCCACUUAAAGAAAAUAACAACCUUGGUCGCAGUGUCAGCAAAGGGAACUUCUUCCGCAUAAGAAGUGCUUUCUCAUAUGGAGCUCGGAAACUCGGUCAAAUUCUUUUGCAGCCUCAGGAAAAUAUAGCUGAAGCAGUUUGCAAAUUUUUUACUAACACACUGCACAGGCAUGGAAAAGGACAGAGACCUGAUGUUCAGGACCUUCUACUAACACAUGGGUGCAAUGGGUUUGCUCCUGAAAGUUUCAUUUCUGGACCCGAACUUAAUUUAAUUGAUGAUAAUGUUCAUGAUGAAGCAUCUGUUGAUUUCAACGGCCAAUUCAGUGAAUAUAGUAAAGGUUAUGCGGAUACAAGGCAUGGUGUUGUCAGUAAUUUUAGAGAGCUAGGAACCGUUUUGGAGGGGACUGAAAUUGAACAUUAUAGAAGAGUAAAUAGCUCAAAUUCUUCUAGAAAUUCACCUGUAGCUGAGGACAGAUUUUCCGCCUCUCCAAACCCUUUGUCUGGGGAUGCAAUUGAUCUUGCAACAUGUGGGGUACAAGAUCUUAGACUUGCAGAUGAUAGACACAAACCUUCCCCAUAUUUGGAAGAGGAUAGAAUAUCUCCAUCACCUAACGUAGAUUAUGUACCUAAUUUAAAUCUUUCACAACAGUUAAAGAAUGGGAAGAUCGAAAAUGUAGAUUUAGAUCACAAACGACCCCCAGAUUCUUGUUUGACGACUGUCACAUGUCAUGUUGAUAGCCGUUUCACAUCCGAGGAGCAGGAAAAUAAUCACGUAUGCAUCAACUCGGACUCAAACUCUUGUUUUUCAUCCAAGAAUGCUAAAGCACACUGCUUGCAAGAUUCACAAUCUAAUAGUCGUUCCUUUAAGCUUGCCGGAAGCCUUGAAACAGUUAAUCUCUACCCUGACCUCUCAGGCGAUGUUGACUGCCAUCUUGGUAAUUUACAUUAUGGCCGGUGGUGGUAUGAUCUAGGAUUUCAAAUGACCACCCAUUCCAUGCAUCAUAUUACCUUGCCUCCUGUGUUCCAACCAAAGAAUUCAUGGGAUACAAUCCGGCAGUCGGUACAAUUCAGACAGGAUGUUAUCCCUCAAAUGAAUGUCCCAACAUCUACCUUCUUUCCCAUGAAUCCUCCUGUUCUACAUGGUGCUUUUAGUGUGGAUGAAAUGCCGAAGACUCGAGGGACAGGAACAUAUUUUCCCAUCAUGAACCAUCAGACGUACAGGGAUAGGUCUUACAUAGCAAAGGGAAGGUCUCAGGGACAGUUGAAAUCUCCUCGGACCAAUGGCCGAGGUCCCAUGAUUAUAGAUAGAUUUCCACAAGUACAUUCUCCUGGUCGUCAUGGUGUUGGGCGGCCCAAGUCUUUUGAUUCCUAUGAAAGUUCCCCUAGGGGGAAGGUCUAUAAACAAGUUAAUGGUUUUGCUCAUACUACGGAGAAGGCCAUUGAUUUUGCAACUGUGCACCCUCCAUUACAAGAAUCAUCUCAAGAGAUAGAAAGUUGCCAGCCACUAGAUGCAGUACCCUCUCCUGGAAGCCAAAACGGGGAAUCAGUGUAUGUCGUGAAUGAUGACAGGCUCUCUAUACAGUCUUAUCGCCUUAAAGAUGAUGAAGACUUCCCGCCUUUGUCUGGUUGAAAGAGAAGUAGCGAAAAGCUCGAGAUCACUAAACUAAAUACUAGAAGUUUUUAAGGCAGGAGUUUUAGGGGCGUUUUUGUACAUUGUUAUUCACAGUUGUGUUACAUUAUGUACUGUUCGUCUUCAUAGCUUACAGUUGAGGAGUCAUUAGUCUUAUUGCUCAUAGGAACAUAGUUGAUGAUUCUAAGGUCGGUUUUCGAUAAAUCCUUAUUGCAUUUGUAGAUAAAUUUUGAAAUGCAAAUCCUGUAGAUGUUUAGUGUAACUUUAUAUAUCCAAAGGAGUGUAUUUUUUCUUCUGAA